CCUAUGGUGGAUCCCAAGAAGAUUCGAAAACCAUUUCAAUAAGCAGGGAGUUUUUGGUCCAAAAUAUAAUUUCUUCUUUGGCAACAUCAAAGAGAUUGCAAGAUUGACACCUUCUCCCCACCCCAUGCCCCUCUCCCAUGACAUUCUUCCUAGAGUCCUCUCCUUCUAUUCACACUGGAAGAAAAUCUAUGGUUCAACGUUUGUGGUGUGGUUUGGGACGAUGGCGAGGGUAACCAUCUCCGACCCAACGCUCCUGCGGGAGAUUUUCAUAUCGAAAUCGGAAUACUUUGAGAAGAACGACUCACCGCCGCUGGUCAAGAAGCUGGAAGGCGACGGCUUGUUGAAUCUCAAAGGGGAAAAAUGGGCUCACCAUAGAAGACUCAUCUCCCCGGCCUUUUACCUAGAAAAUCUCAAGCUCAUGGUCCCGACAAUGGGGAAGGGAGUGAGGGAGAUGUUGGACAAGUGGUCGGAAAUGUCAAAGACGGCGACGGGGAAGGUGGAAAUCGAUGUCUGCGAGUGGUUCGAGAGGCUGACGGAAUCCGUCAUCUGCCACGUCAUCUUCGGACACCGUUGCGAAGAAGACGGAACCCCAUCAUCAUCAUCAUCAUCCAUCUUCCAACUGCAGGCGCAACAGAUGGCGUAUGCCACCGAGGCUUUCCGGAAGAUAUUUAUUCCUGGGCACAGGUUUUUGCCAACAGAGAAGAAUAGGAAGUUUUGGAGAUUGGAUAAAGAAGUAAGACACUCUUUAGUGAAGCUGAUUGAUGAGAGGAGGAGGGCUCUUUUGUCGUCGUCGAGUGGAGGCCGGGACUUGCCAAGAGAAUGCGGCCCAAAAGGCUUAUUGGAUUUGAUGAUCAAAGAGACUGGCAAUUAUAAUAAUAAUAAUAAUAAUGUUGUAGCUGGCGGGAAUGGGGCGAGUCGGCCGGCGGCGGCGACCACCGACGAUGUGGUGGAGGAGUGCAAGACCCUUUUCUUUGCCGGGAAACACACGACGACGAAUCUCAUGGAGCUGGCACGUGAGGAGGUGCUUAGGGUUUGCGGCGCACAUGACCCCCCCUCCAAAGAUGACCUUGCCAAUCUCAAAACGCUAGGAAUGAUUUUGAACGAGUCACUCAGGCUUUACCCACCAAUAAUAGCCAUUGUCAGAAGAGCCAAAGUGGACGUACAACUCAGGGAGCUCAAGGUACCAAAGGGGGCAGAACUCCUCGUACCAAUCAUAGCCAUACAUCACGACCCCACAUUGUGGGGCAAUGACGUGAAUGAGUUCAACCCUGCAAGGUUUGCCCGGCCACCACCAGGAUGCCAAAUGCCGUGCAGCCAUCCCGCGAUGGCCUUCAUGCCCUUCGGUCAAGGGGAACGAAAAUGUGUCGGGCAAAACUUGGCCAUAUUACAGGCCAAGUUAGCAAUGGCAAUGAUCCUACAACGCUUCUCCUUUGAGUUGGCACCAUCUUACCAACAUUCUCCGACCGUGCUUAUGCUUUUGCAACCCCAACAUGGAGCCCCCAUCGUCUUCCAUAACUUGUAAUUAAGGCUUGUAUCAACUAUCAAGGCCGGUCGUCUUGUGGGUUUAAGUGUUUAACCCAUGUUUUUAAAAAUAUAGAGCCCCAAAAUUUUAAUCCAUCUUUGUGCUUUAUAAAUAUAAUCUUAAGUAUAGCUAGGUUUUAUAUCAACUUUAUGUUUUGUGUGUGUAUAUUUUUUUAUUUUUUAAAAAAGUUAUUUGAUGUUAAUGAUGUUGCCUUGAUAUUGCCUUUGUCCUGAAUUGAAUGUUUCAUUCUAGAUAACAAAGCUUGAGUGAGUUU